AUGGGGAUCCUUUUGCUGCUGCGGGUUGUUGCCCUCCUGCUGGGAGACCCUGCCGGGUCUUCAUCCCACAGCCUGCACUAUCUUUACACCAUGGUGUCUGAGUCUGGGUUCUUCGUUGUGGUCUUCCUGGAUGACCAGCCCAUCACUUGCUACAACAGCAACACACGGAGGCAGGAGCCUCUGGUGCCCUGGAUGCAGAAGGUCACAGAGAAUUAUCCUACAUACUGGGAGAAAGAGACUGUGGUAGCGAGGGACAAUGAAGUGUUUUUCAGAAAGAGCCUGCAGGCCGCGAACUCCCACUAUGAGCAUGGUGGUGGGCUUCACAUCUGACAGGAGAUGUAUGGCUGUGAGCUGAGCAGGGACGGGAGGAAAGGAGAGUUUUGGCAGAAUGGCUACUACGGGAAGGACUACCUCACCUUUGACCAGGAGACCCUCACCUGGACGGCCACGGAUGCCACGGCCCAAAGCAGCAAGAGGAAGUGGGAUGCAGACUCAAGGCACAACCGGUACAUGGAGGCCUACCUGGAGGAGGAGUGUGUUGAGUGGCUGCAGAGGUUCCUGCACUAUGGGAAGGAGGCUCUGCUGAGGACAGAGCAGCCCACGCUGAAGGUGACAAGCCGAGCAGACCAGGAUGGCAUGGAGACCCUGCUCUGCCGGGCCCACGGCUUCUACCCCAAGGAGAUGGAGAUCGCCUGGACAAGGGAUGAGGAGGUCUGGACCCAGGACACCUUCCGUGGCCUCAUGACCCCCAACUCAGACGGGACCUACUUCACUUGGGCCAGUGUCAAGAUUGACCCCAGGGACCGGGAGCGCUUCCGGUGCCGUGUGGGGCAUGACAGCUUGGAGGAUCUGUGA